UCACAUAUUUCAACUUAACAAAUAUGGAUCGCCACAAGCACUUUAGCCACCCACACACUCUUUCCUUCCACAAAAGCUUGGAAGGUGCACAACUCACUUGUACCGGUUGCAACUUUCCUUGUACCGGCACCCCGGUCUACUCGUGUCGCGCAUGCAAAUUCUUCCUUCACGACCGAUGCUUCAACGCAUCACGUUCAUUGACCCAUCCGUCACACCCCGAUCACCCUCUCUCCCUAUUCCCAUCUCCGACAUACUCAUCGGGCUCUUUCAUUUGUAGCGAGUGUAACAAAACCGGUUCGGGUUUUUGUUUUUGCUGUUCCAAUUGUGAAUUUGAUCUCCAUAUCCAUUGUGCUUACAAUACCUUAAAUCCUAAACCCUUGACCCCUCCACCUAAUCAGAUUAAACUCAAAUCACACCCGAACCACCCUUUGAAAUAUCUCCCCAAGCCACCUCCCGCUAGUGGCACACGUUUAUGUGACGUGUGUGGCACUGGUUGUGAUCCCAAUGGUGCAUUGUACCGUUGUGAUAAUUGUGACUAUGACGCGCAUGUGACAUGCACUACUUUGCCAGUAAGUGUGCGUCGCGAAGACCACGCACACACACUUUCUUUACUUUAUGUGAAUCCAUACCCGUCAUUUACGUGUGAUGUUUGUAGAGGUGCGAUCGCACAAAACCACUGCAUGUACCGUUGUUCAUCCGGAUGUGAUUAUGGUAUGCAUGUUAAGUGUGUUCCCGCUAAGGUGUCGGAGCAAGCGCCAAUGAACGAAAUGACGUUUCAGUUGGAAAUGUUCAAACUACAGAAUCAGAUGAAAGUGCAUCAAAUGGCAGUUGACACCAUGCUACUAGGUAAUCAUGGUCUCCAUCGUAAUCGAUACUAUCGAUACUAAUGGCUGUAUCGAUAAUCGAAUUCAAAAUCGACAUCGAAUUUGUGUGUUGUUUCCUUUUGUGUGUUUACAUUUAAUCGUGUUACAUUGUGAUGUACUGAUGAUUUAUUUCCUAGGUUAAGUGUUGAUUUGGACUUGAUUGAAGCAUGUUGUUUUUAUCUAGUUUACUGAAUAAUAAAUGUUGGUGUUUUGUUUUUGAAA